AGGCAAUGCUGGGGAAACUUCACUCGUGCGAGUGCUUACUCGCUUGCUUCUUGGUCUUGCAAUGUGCAUGCACAUUUGCAUUCUUGGGUGAAAACCACUGCAAGGAGAUGGCAUGCUAUGCCGACUACAACAACGCCCCAAAGGCAAGAUGGCAAGGAAACUACAAGAAUCAGCGAUACGUUGGCACAUUUCCGACGGUUGGACAGUGCGAGACUGCGUGCGUCAACUACAAGGACAGGAGAGGAAACAAGUGCUUCUCCUUCGCUUGGUUUGAUGCACCGGAAACAGGCUGCCUGGCUCGCAAGGAUUGCCUGACUGGACAAUGUUUUGCAAUCAUCGAUGACACGUGGGACCCUGUUGAGCACAAGGGUGCUAUCAGUGGAAGGAUUGGCCUUGCCGCUAGUUCGGUGAUGAACAAGGCCUUUGUGACGGUUGCCAAUUUGACGGACACACUGUCCGGCGGUAUCUCAGAAAGUUACAACGCUAAGGAAGAGAGUGCAAGGAAGGCUGCUGAGGAGGCCAAGAAGAAGGCCACGGCUGAGGAGGCCAAGAAGAAGGCUGCCGCCGAGGAGGCCAAGAAGAAGGCCACGGCCGAGGAGGCCAAAAAGAAGGCUGCGGUCGAGGAGGCCAAGAAGAAGGCUGCUGAGGAGGCCAAGAAGAAGGCUGCGGCCGAGGAGGCAGCGAGGAAAGCUGCAGCGAAGAAGGCCGAGGAGGCGAAGAGGAGCAAGAAGUCGAACAAGCAACAGGCCGACUCCGAUUCGUCCUGGUACGCCUGGACCAACACCAUGUCCCCCGAGCAAAUCAUAACCCCCAGCAUCGCGGCGAUUGUGAUCGCCUCGUUGAUCGCGUACUCGAUGAAGGAUAGCAAGGCAGCUGGGGAGACCCCAGCGGACAAGAAGGGCGAGAGCUCCUCCAACAAGUCAACGGGCAACGCCAAGAAGCAGCAGAGCUCGAGCAACGCGCAGAAGAAGGGAGGUCAAACGAAGCUCGGAGCUGCUGCGCCCUCAAAGCAGAGCAAGGAGUCAACCACCAGCCAGCCCAGCCAGCCCAGCCAGCCAUUCGACUUUCUCACUAACAACAUCCUGCUGGGUUCCUCUGCCCCUCCUGCAGCCAAGGAGGCCACCACUGCUACGACCGCUUCCUCCUCCUCCUCCUCCUCUGCGAAACCCGAGCAGAAGAAGGCUGAGAGCAAGACUGUGUCGGAGAAGGACUUCGCUGCCAAACGGUCCUUCUGGCAACUCAAGGCGCAGACCUCGGAGUCUCCGACGGCAUCGUCCCCCUCCAAGAAGUCCAAGGCUGAGGCGGACGUCAAGGAAGGAAAUGAAGCAGCUGAGGAGAAGAGCUCCAGCUUCUUGCCCAAUAUCGACCUCUUCAAGCUUCCCCUCCCGAAUCUGAUCCCAGACGAAGAUUCGGCCAAGUACCGCAAGCUGGAGGAGGAUCGCAGGAAGAAGAACGCAAUCGACGAUGAAGGAGCAUGGCUGCUCUAGAUUGACCUCCCUGUUACCUCGUCCUCCCCCCGUCUCUCCUGUCUUCUCGAAUCUUAUGUGUUCUAACUUAAUCCAUAACACACAAUGAAAUUGGUGAUCUUU